GAAAAAGGAAAGGGCGAAGAAUUAGGAUUUGUCGUUAUCCUCUCUCUGCUGCUGAAUAGGGUGUCGCAAUCAGAGAUGGAUUGAAGAAAAGCCAUUUCACAGGCGAAUCGCGCCGGGCCCUGAGAAAGAGCGUCUUCCUCUUCAAUCUCUCUCUCUCUCUCUCUGAAUCCGUUCGUUACUCAGAAGCUUCCGUUACAACAACAAAAAAAAAAAACACUCUCUCUCUACAUGCAUUUGUUACACUUUACAAAGUCUCUUCAAGCUUCGUCUUCUUCCCCUUGGCUCACCUUCAUUUUGAAGCAUCGGUUCUAAUUUCCCUCCGUCGGUUCACCAUUCUCUCUCUAUCUGCGAUGGGUGAUUUCUUCGAUGAGGGGAAGCAGCAAUUCGUAACUGUUGCAGAUGGGAAUGCGCCACUACCUGUCAAGUAUCCAAGCUUCAAGCCACCUAAGUCGAGUUUCAGUGAUGGUGGCAAACAUAUUCCCAUUGAUGUUUUCCCACUUCUUGUCAAGGAGGCUGCUUUCCCUUUGAAACAAGACCCUUGCAUCGAUACUCCAUUGGUCCAAGAUGUGUGUACUAUCUCUGUUUUACCUGAUGAAGGAAGUACAAUCCCGCAAUGUACCUCGCAGUUUACUCUCCUGAGCUUCGUCAAGGCUCUGCUUCCAUCUAAAAAUCAGAUGUUGAUCGAUGCUCAGCUCAACUGUCAGAAAACGCAGAACCGCAUCAAUGUGCUACUGGGAGGCACAGAUUCUUACCAAUCAUGCGUUGUGGACAUUAACGUCGAGAAAGGGAAUGGCGGUGAUACAGUGACAUCCCAUGACGAAAUUGUUGGAAGUAUGAAAUCUGAGAGUGUACAUAUGCAAAAGGUAUUACAGAGACAAGCAAGCUUGAGCACUGUUGCAGAUAAAGCUAUCUCUGAGCGAUGCCAUGAUGCACCAACGAACAGGUGGAGAAGAUACAAGCGUGCCGCUUCAUUUGAUUCAAGAAAAAUCGUCAUUCUAUUCUCAAUCUUAUCAAGUGUGGGAACAUUGAUAUUGAUCUACUUGACAUUGAGAGUGAAGCAAAACGGAGACAACAACAGCUUCAAUCACAUGUAAACUGUAACAUCUCUUUUGACCAAGGGGUCGUCUCUGUUUUGAAUCUCUCUUUUCUAAAACUCGUCUUUUGUUCCAAGUUUCAUAAUGUCGAUAAUAACAUUUCUCUGUGCAUAUCACUUGCAAAUGCUUAAGGCCUGAUUAACGUGUAA